CGGAAGCGGAGCCCGGUGCGGGGCGGAGCGGAACCCGGUGAGUGUGGACGGAGUCUCCCGGUGAGAGCCGGUCCGGAUGGAGGUGCCCGGGACCCCCCCAAUGGCCGGGAGCUGCUGGCAGGACCCUCUGGCGGUGGCGGGCACGGCAGGUCGCCCGGUGUGCAGGACCCAGGACCGGGCAGGCGGGCGGCGGGUGCUGAGCGUCGUUUGCGUGCUGGGUCGCGAGCCGCAUGCCUGCCCUGCGCUGCGCAGCCUGCGCGACGCCUGCCGGGACCUGCGGGCACAGCUGCACACCCUGCCCUUCGACACCCUGGCGCUGGGCGACACCGCCACGCUCGACCGCUUCUACAACGCGGACGUGGCUGUGGUGGAGCUGAGCGACUGCGUCUGCCAACCCUCCCUCUUCUACCACCUGGGUGUCCGCGAGAGCUUCAACAUGUCCCACAACGUCCUGCUGUGCUGCCAGGCUGACCUGUCCCCACUCCAGGCCCUGCAGGAGGACAUCUGCCAGAAGAACUCGGACCUCUGCGGCAGCUACACCUUCAUCCCCUACGCAGUGACCUCCCAGAACAAGGUCGUCUGCUGUGAUUCUGGGGCCAUGAAGAGCAUGACGGAGAUUUUUCAGCCCAGCUUUGAGACAGAGACCUUCUUGACCCCUCUGGCAACUCAGCUCAUCCAACUGCUGCAGAGAAUCCCCACCAACUCCUGUGGGUAUUUUCGGGAGAUGAUCCGUCAGGAUAUCCGGAGGGCACGGGAGAUGUACCAGGGGGAACAGCUGAGCCGGGAGCUGGCCCGCAUCCAGCAGCGCCUGGACAGCAUGGAGCUGCUCAGCUUGGACAUCGUGGUGAAUCUCCUUCUCUCCUACCGUGACGUGCAGGAUUACGAUGCCCUCAUCUCGCUGGUGGAGACCCUUGAGGCGCUGCCGACCUGCGCUGUGGCCGAGCAGCACAACGUCCGCUUCCACUACGCCUUUGCCCUCAGCCGGCGUAACCAUGCCGGGGACCGGGAGAAGGCUCUGUCGGUGCUGCUGCCCGUGGUGGAACGUGAGGAGGGGGCUGCACCUGACCUCCUCUGCUUGUGUGGCCGCAUCUACAAGGACAUGUUCAUCAGCUCUGGCUUCACCGACUCCAAGACGAGGGACCAGGCUUUGCACUGGUACCGCAAAGCCUUUGAGAUGGAGCCGAGCCUCCACGCGGGCAUCAACGCCGCCGUCCUCCUCGUGGCUGCUGGGCACCAGUUUGAAACCUCCGUAGAGCUGCAGCAAAUCGGGGUGAAGCUGAGCUGCCUGCAGGGUCGCAAGGGCAGCCUGGAGGAGCUGCACUACUACUGGGAUGUUGGAUUUUGCCUCGGAACCGGCAUCUUGGCCAACGAUCUCAAUAAAGUCAUCCAAGCCUCUGAGAAGCUCUACAAGCUGAAUGCGCCAGGCUGGUACCUGGUCUCGGUCAUGGAGACGUUCCUGCUCUACAAACACUUCCAGAAGAGCCCGCAGGUCCCCUCUGCCCGGCAGGAGCUGGCUGAUUUCUGGCUGGGCUUCUUCGUUGAGGCAUGCCAACCCUUUGUCGCCACGCCACGCUGCCCGGUCCUCAUCCUGGAGCUCAGCAAGGUCCUGCAGCCGGCACAGCUGGUGCUGCAUGGUGGCACAGAGGAACCUGCCCUGACGCUUACCCUCGUCUGCCCCAUGGAGGAGAAAGCAGCAUCGAGCUGGACCUUUGCAGCCACGGCCAUACAGGGCGUCAGCAUCUGCAAGCGCGACGAACGGGGCUGCUUCCUCUACGUGAUGCACGCGGAGGAGGAUUUCCAGCUCUACUUCCCCUCCCAGCAGCACUGCCGGGGGUUCUGUGAGCAGAUCCAGUCCCUCUUGGCUGAACAGGCGGUGGCUGGUGAGGAGGUGCCGAGCCCAACGCAGCCCAUCCUGGAGUACAGCUACGAGUACUCGGAGACAGGCGAGCGGGUGGUCCUGGGCAGGGGGACGUACGGGGUUGUCUACGCCGGGCGAUGCCUCAGCAACCAAGUGCGCAUCGCUAUCAAGGAGAUCCCAGAGCAGAACAGCCGGUACUCACAAGCCUUGCACGAGGAGAUCGCCUUGCACAAGCGCCUGCGGCACAGGAACAUCGUGCAGUACCUGGGCUCCGUCAGCCAGGAUGGCUUCAUCAAGAUCUUCAUGGAGGAGGUGCCAGGAGGGAGUCUCUCAUCCCUGCUGCGCUCCAAGUGGGGUCCCCUGAAGGACAAUGAGCCCACCAUCGUCUUCUACACCCGCCAGAUCCUCGACGGGCUCAGCUACCUCCACGACAAUCACAUUGUGCACCGUGACAUCAAGGGAGACAACAUCCUCAUCAACACUUACAGCGGGGUGCUGAAGAUCUCAGACUUCGGAACCUCCAAGCGGCUGGCGGGCAUCAGCCCCAGUGCUGAGACCUUCACAGGCACUCUGCAGUACAUGGCCCCAGAAAUCAUCGACCAGGGGCCCUGGGGCUAUGGGAAGCCGGCAGAUAUCUGGUCCUUGGGCUGCACCAUCAUUGAGAUGGCCACAGGAAAGCCCCCCUUUUAUGAGCUGGGCAGCCCCCAGGCUGCGAUGUUCAAGGUGGGCAUGUUCAAGAUGCACCCAGAGGUACCCGAGUCCAUGUCAGAGAAAGCCAAGAAGUUCAUCCUGCGUUGCUUUGAGGCUGACCCGGCCGAGCGGGCGACGUCUGCUGUGCUGCUACAGGACCCGUUCCUCGCUGAUUCCAGGAGAGCCCGGAGCCGGGUCCUGCCCGUGGCGGGGCGUGAUCGCCCCCGCUUUGGACAGCGGGAUGGGGAUGCAGAGGGCAGCGAUAGGAGCAGCUCCUCAGCCAGGCAGGAUGCCCCGGUGAGGGGCACAGCAGGCAGCUCCCUGCUCGCAUGCCACCCCGGCGAGGCAGCCACCGGCCGCAGCGACUCGGGUGCUGCCCAGGGCUCGGCUGGCUCCGACUGCAGCCUGCGCUCCUCCUCCCUGGAGGAGAGCGGGGACGGGUUCCUCCUGCGCAAGGACAGCAAGCGCCGGGCCACGCUGCGCCGUGUCCUCACCAUCGAGGAGCCGGGCAUCAUCGCUGUCUGGAAGGAGAGCCAGAGCACGGCAGGCAUGAAGUUGGGUGCGGAGCAUCUCGCUCAGCUGCUGAGCUGCCUGCGGAGCUACAUCCAGAGCCCCAACCAGCACCAGCUGCGCCAGGACCUCCUCGCACUGCAGACCCAGCUGCGGGCAGAGGGGCUGAGGCUCCUCAACCUCCAGGCUCCCCUCUUCGGCUUCCAGGCAGCUGUGCGACGGGUGCUGCGCCAGCAUCACAUCAAACCCCACUGGAUGUUUGCGCUGGACGAUGCCAUGAGCCAAGCGGUGCAGGCGGCUUUCACCGUGCUGGUGAGAGACCUUGGCCUGAACGCCAGCUGCCUGGCAGAAGACAGCACCAAGGACUCAAAUGAUGAGGACAACCCCGUACCACCAAGGCUGUCUACACCCAGGAGUCAGUCCCAGCGGGACAGCACCGCUUUGAGGCUCAGCACCAGCUCCAGCAACCAGGCAGACGCCCUGCAGGAACCCUCGGCGCUGGUGGCACAGCUCUGUCACCUCCGCACGGAGACGAGCAGGCUGCUCCAGGAGCUGGCUGAGAAGGAGCAGGAGUGGCAGCGGCUGAUGCAACGAGUGCUUCGCUCCGGUGACGAGGACACUGCGGUCCCCAGCUGCUCCGAGCACAGGGAGCCCCCCUCGGAGCAGGAUCUCUUGCCGCCGAGCCCCCAGACGCAGGCUGACCCCCUCCUUCUCGAGUGGCUGCAGCAGCACGGCACCGACUCGGCCACCACAGCCACGCUCCUCUCCCACGGCUUCACCCUGCGGGACCUGCUGGGCUGCGUCACCUGCGAUGACCUCUUCUACGUGGGCAUCAGGCGCGGGCCAGCGUACCGGCUCUGGGCAGCCAUCCUGGAGCUGCGCGGGACCCUCACCCAGCAGAAAAGGGAGGAGGGACCCCCACUCCCAGCGCUAUGACACAUCACUGUGGGACACAGCCACCGGACCCCCGGGCUGCCACCAUGGUGGGGUGGCAGGAUGGUGACAGAAGAACAGCCUCGUAGUGGGAUGCAACAGCUCCAACCCCACACCGAAGGGAAAAAUUGGGGUACCCAGAACAAUAAACAGCCUCUACAGCC